AUGCAGGAGGAUAUCAGCCCACUCCCUCUAUACCUAAACCCAGUCCUUGAGCCACUGGCAAUAUGCCUUGCGCGUGGUUUGUUUCGUGACUAUAAAACAGCAGAUAAGAUUUUCGCAAUUAAUCCUCCGCCAAACUCCCCUUGCAUCGAGUUAGUGUUGCGUUCCCCUACUAAUCGACUGUCUGAUGAGAAGCCCUGUGGGGGGGAGGAAAACUUACACAUCAACUCUAAGUAUCCUAAGAAGAGGCAAUCGCCGUUCUUUGAGUGUGUCACUACCCUGGGGCCAACGGGAAAGACUCUCAAGUCCAAGUGGUUAUCAGAGCAAUUUUCUCUUCUAGGGCGGCGAUCGGGAUAUGACAGUAUGACUAUGCAUAACAUCCGUCGAGAGGCCUUAAUGGUAGCCGAUGGUCAGAGAGAUCCAAAGGUCUUUCGCGAAUCAUAUAUGAGCAAAUUUUGUCGAGUUGAUAGAGUCAGCAACAUCCUUAAUCUACCACGCCGCCAUGAUAUCCAUGAACACCUUCGUGGGCUCUCUCUUCGGCGCAACCCGACGCUACAGCAAGCUCUCCCUGCUCAGUUGCAACAUGACUUGAAGAAGUGUCCCGAAUAUGUUGAAAUCGAUAGCAAGAUCAAAGAUAUUAGUGAAAGGAUCAAGGCGACCCCCCCUAAAGAACACCAGCGCGAACUGCAAAACGAGCGCCGAGCUUUUUAUAGCUAG